AGAAUCACCGGAUCGGGGGCUCCGGGGCUGGGUUUUGGACCGACACGCCGAGAGAAGCAGUGCCGGGCGACCCCCAGUCCUCACCGCCUUCGCUGCGCCCGCUCGGCUUCCCCAGAAAGAAUGAGACUUCUGUGGUAUAUAAUGAGCCUCUGCUUCUGUGGGAUCCUGCAAAGUGGCGCCUCAGAACGCUGCGAUGACUGGGGACUGGAUACCAUGAGGCAAAUCCAAGUGUUUGAAGAUGAGCCAGCUCGUAUCAAGUGCCCACUCUUUGAGCACUUCCUGAAGUAUAACUACAGCACUGCCCAUUCGGCUGGCCUCACCCUGAUCUGGUAUUGGACGGGGCAGGAUCGGGACCUUGAGGAACCAAUUAACUUCCGCCUCCCUGAGAACCGAAUUAUUAAAGAGAAAGAUGUGCUGUGGUUCCGGCCCACCCUCCUCAAUGACACGGGCAACUACACCUGCAUGUUAAGGAACACUACUUAUUGCAGCAAAGUGGCAUUUCCCCUGGAAGUAGUUCAAAAGGAUAGAUGCUUCAAAUCCUCCAUGAAACUCCCAGUGCGUAGACUGUAUCUAGAACAUAGUCUUCAGAAGAUCAUUUGUCCAAAUGUAGAUGGAUUUUUUCCUUCCAGUGUCAAACCAAACGUCACUUGGUAUAAGGGCUGUAUAAAAGUAAAAAACUUUAAUUUUAUAGUACCUGAUGGCAUGAACUUGGAUUUUACCUAUGCCACUGUGUCAGCUAAUGAUAAUUACACCUGUGUUGUAACAUAUCCAGAAAAUGGACGGACCUUCCAUCUCACCAGGACCCUAACUGUCAGGGUGGUAGGCUCGCCAAUAGAUGCAUUGCCCCCCCAGAUCCAUUCACCCAAUGAUAUUGUUAUCUAUGAGAAAGAACCAGGAGAGGAGCUUGUCCUCCCCUGUAAAGUCUAUUUUACUUUCCUGAUGGACUCUCGCAAUGAGAUUUGGUGGACCAUUGAUGGAAAAAAGGCUGACGACACCAAUAUGGACGUAACGGUCAACGAAAGUAUAAGUUAUACUAAAACGGAAGAUGAAACCAGAAUUCAGAUUCUAAGCAUCAGGAAAGUUACCCCAGAGGAUCUCAAGCGAAGCUAUGUCUGUCACGCGAGAAAUGCCAUAGGGGAGGUGAACAGGACAGCGACCGUGAAACAGAAAGUGGUAACUCCAAGAUACACAGUGGAACUGGCCUGUGGUUUUGGAGUCACAGUCCUGCUGGUAGUGAUUCUCAUUGUUGUUUACCACGUUUACUGGCUGGAGAUGGUCCUCUUUUACCGGGCUCAUUUCGGAACAGAUGAAACCAUUUUAGAUGGGAAGGAGUAUGAUAUUUACGUAUCUUACGCAAGGAAUGCUGAAGAAGAAGAAUUUGUAUUACUGACUCUCCGUGGAGUUUUGGAGAAUGAAUUUGGAUACAAGCUGUGCAUCUUCGACCGAGACAGUCUUCCUGGGGGAAUUAUCACAGAUGAGACCUUGAGCUUCAUUAAGAAAAGCAGACGCCUUCUGGUUGUCCUAAGCCCCAACUACGUGCUCCAGGGAACCCAAGCCCUCCUGGAGCUCAAGGCUGGCCUAGAAAACAUGGCUUCUCGAGGCACCAUCAACGUCAUUUUAGUACAGUACAAAGCUGUGAAGGAGAUGAAGGUGAAAGAGCUGAAGAGGGCUAAGACGGUGCUCACGGUCAUUAAAUGGAAAGGGGAGAAAUCCAGGUAUCCACAGGGCAGGUUCUGGAAGCAGCUGCAGGUGGCCAUGCCAGUGAAGAGAAAUCACAGGUGGUCUAGCAGUGACGAGCAAGGCCUCUCCUAUUCAUCCUUAAAAAACUUAUGAAAGCAGCAAGGAAAGGGGCAGAAAGAGCCAAGGCUACUCCAGGAAGGAAAUGUUCCCCUUCUUUUAUUCCAGGUUUAUUGUUUCAUGGGCAGAGGAGAAAAGCAAUCUGUCAAAGCUUCCCCAUAGGGAUAAAUUCAGGGUGACUGUAUGACUGGCUGAUCUGCUUCCUCAGGCAAUACUAAGUUGUAGAGUGAUAUUGUCACCUGUCUCUAAUGUCACUAUGUUCCUUGCAGGCAAGGACUUGGUUGAUGUGAACCUGUUCUUUUGCACCCUUCAUCCCUGGUCCCAUGUGUCUGUAUUCCUUCUAUUUCAUCUUAACAUUAUGGGGCAGCCUUUUCCAAUGGACUUAAUAACCCCUUAAAAACAAGUCGUCUGUUCACAGGGCCAUUAUGAUUUUCCAAGUACUGUUUUCUUUUUCUUUUAUUUUUAUUCAUCCAUUAAAAAAUACCAUCAGGGCCUAGAUUUAUUUUAGCUCAAGCUGAUGAGCUCUUUUGCUUAUUCUGCUGUACCACAUACCACCACAGCCAGACUGACAUCCACUUAGGAUGAUACAAAAGAAGUCUAUCUGAAAAUGUUCCUUAUUGAUUUUCAAAGGCUUGCCUGCAUUUUUUUUCCCUACAAUACCACCCUACCCUCCAUCUCAGGUACUUAAUUGAUGUCAUUUUUGUAAACUUAAAAAAUAUACCAUAAUUUCUGUUUUUAUUGUAGUAAACUGAUCAUGUGUAGUUCAAACUAUGUUUAUCAUGUCAUCUUCCUUUCUACUGUACCUUGUAUCUGUCAUUCACACUUUGAAGGUGGUUCCAUACUCCCUUCAGUCUGAAAGGAAGCUUCUCCUAAUGGUGCUAAUAGAGAAUGAGAUAUGGCAAAAUGCUUUUAAAGCAUUUUUCUGAGUUAUGAGAAGAACACAGAACAGGGUAUUUGGCAGUUUAUCUUUUAAUCCCAGCCUUGCUAAAGUGGAAUACUGGGAAAGUUAUUUUGCCUCACUCGUGUUUGUCUUCUCAGUGUAAAAUGUGGAGGUGAAAUCCAGUUGCUUGAGUUGAAAGUUGUUUUUAACAUUAAUAUUCUAAGGGAAUUAACUGGACCCCAGUAUUUUCUGCAUUUAUUCACUGGUACAGUUUUAAUACGUUCACUCCAAACAAGUUAAUCUGGAAAGCCACUUUCAAUGAAUACGUGUUUGUUUUAAAUAGUUCAAAACACUAGGAAAAGCAAAAACAAAGUCCAGAGUUUACAGAGUGAUGAAUAUCUAUGUUACAUAUAGGUAGAAUAUAUAUAUUUGUAUGUCUGUAUGUAUAUAUAUAUAUAUGCAUGUAUAUGUAUACAUAUGUGUGUGUGUGUGUAUAUAUAUAUGUAUAUACAAGCAUGCAUAUGACUUCAGUGGUCAUUGGCACAAUAUCAAAUUCCACUGGAACUCUUGUCCAGUUUUAAUUAUGUUUUUGCUGUAAUGCUUUUGUGUCAGUAUUUUCUGUACAUUAAUAUUAUUUGUGAAUUCACAGCUCACAAAGUGGUAGUUGUCGUUCGUGCUUGCCUUCCCUAAGUUCAUAGAAAUCACUGAGUACUGCUGCCGUUGAACUGGGUGCAGUGGGAUCUGUUAUGCAGAGAGCUUCGAUGGUUCCCACUAAUCAGUGGCCAGCCAUCUGGCGUUAACUGAUUACCUACUAUGUUCCCAGCGCACAGUUAGAAAGUAAGCUAUCUUAAUCUCAGUGCUCAGCAGCUGGAGAUAUGUCUCUGUUUGGACUGGUGAGUAACAGAGAAAAGGAAGACAAAAUACUUAUAAAUGAGUCUGGGUAUCUUAUGAAGCACCAUAGCUUGUAAUUGAAGGAAGCCCUUAUCCUAGUAGUAUGAAUGUUGAUGAGCAGUUCUGAAACUAUUCCCUACAUCUAAGUGUCCUUCAUCAGUAUUAAAGUCCAUGAUAAAUAAUUUCUCUAAGUAGGAGUUACUGAUUAUUCUAAAUUGAAAAAAGCUUCACCUUUGAAUUCUUGUCUAUAAGAGUAUGGUGUGGAGUCACUCUUGGAUCUAACUUUUUUAGACUUAUGAAUGCUUUUCCAUAUUAAAACCACCUUUACUCCCCCUGUUAACUCUUCACUCACAAGACCAGCGGAGAGCUGUCUCCAGAUAAGCUUUGACUACCAGUUCUUGCAUAAGCUCUAGGCAAAUGAGGGAUAGUCUCAGCGCCAAGAGGCCAUGAUUUUGCCGCAUGCUGUUUGCACUUUCCGACUCCAUAUUUAUCCUCUGUGUAGUUGGGUGUCGCUGCAAACUCCUUGAUGUACAUUUAUUUUUUCCUAUUUAUAUUCCUGCCUUUAGUACUGGACUUUUCCAAAUGGUGAAACGGAAAGCAUCUCAAUUCUAAGCGGUACGGCUCAUGCUGAGAAAAUUUGUUUCAAGAUUUUUGGUUGGUUGGUUUUAUGUCCCAGAAGAUACCUAAUAGGAACGCUUGAAGGGGCUGAGGAAACAUACUUGUAAUUUACAGCAUGAGAAGAAAUCAUGCCUCUAAUGUUAAAAAGAAAUUGUUUUACAUAUAUGAUCAAAAGACCUUCUGCACCCAGGUUAACAAAGAGCCACGAUAUACAGCGUCUAAUUAUGCAUUCAUGUAAAAAUUAUUUCAUUUUCUUCUGUAUUGCAACUUAGAUAAUUCCUUAGGAUUCUAAGGAAGUGGUA